AUGAGGCGGGCGAGGUGGAUCAGCAAUCUCCGACUGAAAUCGGGUGGCGCGACCCGGGCUAGUGCUAAAGUUUGCAGCGAUCACUUUGUAACAGGGCGCCCAAGUGCCCCAACAGAUGUGAACUCCCCAGAUUGGGCACCCACUGUCAACCUUGGGUACAAACGAGGCCAUGCGGAACCACAUGACGCAACACAACAGAGUGAGGAAAGCGCACAGAGUCAUAACAACCUCUUUACUGCCGCUGAGCUGGAGACUGACACCUCUUCACCCAACUUGUAUGAUGAAAGUUCAUCAAUGCAUGAAGAGGAACGUUUCAAAGAUGCAGAAUGCCAGACCGAUCUGUCCAUGAUGGACAUCUCUAAACUGGAGGACACCAUGAGAGGAUAUACAUCAGAGAUCUGCAACCUCAGGGAGAAAAAGACUUGA